AGUUUACAAAUGGCGUGACUGAGAAUGAACAUUUUAGAAAACGCCACAAGGAAAUGGUGAUAUUUGGUGGUGUCAUUUGCCUCAUGAGUAGGUAACUAUGUCCUUGUCACCAUCGAAAGAAACAGUAUGGAGCCAGCAUCAGGAAUCACUCAAGAACAUACGUGGAAAGCUCAAGGGUGGUCGCAGAACUAAUCCAACAGUCCGUCUAUAGCUGGUUCAAGAAGGUAUCAGUUACACAAUAGCAGUGGUUCAGGGAAGAAUCAACGGAAAACAAAUAGUUACACACCACCAUAUCUACCCAGGUUAGAUACACCUCCUGAGCAUGAUCAUCUAAGACUGAACAGUAGCCUGCGAGGGAAUAAAUACAACAUCGUGCCACCAGUACACCCUAAAGAAGCAUUUGUGAACAAUGGUGACAGUGACAGUUGGGGAGAGGAAUCAGAGAGUGAAGAGGAUGCAGGUUAUACUCCUCAGGUGCUGCCAUUUGCAAUGCCUGUGUACCCAGCGCAACCCGCAGUUGUCUACCCUGGCAUGCCUGGCCAACCAUAUGUCUUCUACCCUUUAUCAGCUGAAACACCCAACAUAAAGCAUGGACGUGUAGACAGAAGCAACACAAGAAUGCCGAGAAAAAAAAAGAAAGUGGUCAGAUUUGACGCAGUGCAACGAUAUGAUAAACCUGUAGACACUCAGCGUAUGAAGUACAGCCAGCUUCAUCCUGCCUAUCAGAGCUUAUACACUAACCCAGGUGCUGGUCCGCGUGUCUCAGGAUCAAUGUCUUCCUUACAUGGGCCGAGGGAUGACCCUUUUGAUGAGAACAGAAACCCAAUCCUGAAGAGAUAUAAGUAUAUUUAUCCUAACAAAUCUUCUGUACGGUCGUUUGAGCCAAGGUCAGCCUUGUCUGACAUAGAUGGCAAUUCUCAGAGUCUGGUCUUGGGUAAAUCUGCCCUUGAGGCCUCGGAGCAGGUAUGUGGUGAACUAUUGUCUACAGGUGUGGAGAUGUUGGUCAGGGAGCUCAUCAGAGAGACAACCAAUGAGCUGGUCGAUGAUUAUCUGGAUGUGAAGUUGACUUCUCAUGACCCCUUGGAAGAUUUCCUCACCCAGUUGAUGAAUGAUGGAGUUGAGUCUGCUCUGCAGGUGGUCGUCAAGGAAACCCUUCAGGACCUCACUGAGGAUGCUCUUAUUUUCUCAGGGUCAUGUGAUGUUAUUGAUGACCUUGUCUGGGCAGAGAUUGAGCACACUGUUCCAGAUCUGAUAGAAGAAGUGACAUUUGAACUGCUGUUGGAGGGGUUUAUUGAAGAUCAGGUCAUUGAGUCAGAAGUCAGUCAGGAGAGUAAACUGGUUGCUGAUGAAGUUCUACAGGAGCUGGAUAAUAAAAUCAGACGCAAAGAACUGAAGGAGGUAUCUAAGUAUGGCCAGGAGAAGGUGAUAGACUCGGUGUGUCUGGACUAUUUACUGGCGUUGAUCUCCAGACAGGGCACUAUCUGGUCACAGUCAGACUUUGCCAACAGAGCCAUGGAUAGCAUGAUGCUCUCUCUUAUAAUGGAGCAGUAUUUCCAUGUUCAGAAAGAUCGUUCCAAAACCCUGGACAAUGUUCCUCUUCGACGGCUUCAUGAGAAGGCAGUGACUGGCGUGGCCCUGGAUGUGUUUCUAGGUCAACUUGCAGCCACUCUCGAUGAAGACAUGGCUGAUGUUGAUGAGUACGAGUGGGGAAUUUCAUUACCACAACCGUCAAAUCAGCAAGUCACUAACGAGCAUUUGUCCAUCAUCUCAUCCAGCACACAAUAAGACCAUAUUCAGAGAUGCCAGUGGUCAUCAGUUUACCUCACUGUUUCUGAUUCAUCUUUGCAAACAUACACCUGUAUAUUCAGCUAAUUUAUGCCAAUUUAUCAGACUGUAAUAUAGAUAAAAUUUAAUAUUUGAUACAAGAACAUCUAUGUGUAUGGCCUAGAUGUUUUAUUAUUCCUAAAAAAAAUUCACAAUAAUCAUGGACAUUUAUAUUGGUUGAAAAGCCUUCUCCAUUACUGCUCACUUGCCAUGUUUUGUUCAUUUUGAUGCCUUAAUUACACACAGCAUUAUCCUGUUUCAACCACAGAUACCUAUGUUUUAUUCUUGUAAACCACUAAAACAUAUUGUGGCAGGUUUUAAUUUAGUUCUGAUGUUUGUUAGAUACCUGGUGUGGUCGGUUCUCUUGGUCUCUGCAUGAUUUUCUCCUCCGACAAACUAGCCAACUACCUUAUAUAUUUUAGAAGUGAAUGUGUUUGAGUGUAGAGUAAAACACCAAUCAAAGACAGAAGUAGUGUAGUGAAUCAAGGCUGAACCGUGCCUGUUGGGAAUGACUACUCAUCCGUCAGCUUUAUGUCAGGGACUGGGGUUAUUGUCAGGUUGACCUACUGUUUUUUCGUAGGCGCAAUCGGAUUUUGGCAACCCAUAACUGGACUUAUGCUUCAUAAAUUUGAAGCCUGACGAAGGUUGAUUUGUGAUCCUGAAUAUAAGCAUCUGGGCCCAACUUGACAAAGAUGACCCAUGCCAAUAAAUGUCUGUUUAAAUGUUUGAGAAAACCUCGCGAUCGUGGGCAACUUGAUGAUUCGAGUCAAAGAAAAAUGCAACAUGUUCAACUCCUAGCAACUGCAGAGUCAGCAGUGAUCGCAAGCCUGCGUAGGUCAACUAAUGCAAGAGCCUGAUCAGAUACUCCCGGUUAAAGUUAAGUCGGCAAAAACCUAGUUUCACCCGGUCGCAAGGUCGAUUUAGGACAGGCUAGUAUUGAGUACUGUGGCAGUCCUCUGUAUAGAAGUCUACAGAAGUAGGGUAGUAGUAAUCUUGUCGCCAAAAAGGUGCCGUGCAUAUUGUUGAAAUCAAGAUGGCGCAGCCUCCUUUAUAUGCAUGCAUCGCAUUUCGCAGAGGCUCUGUGACAUUAAACACCAUAUGAAGAGUUCAGUUAAUGAAAAGUAAUAAAUGUAACUUGUUCUUGUAGUUUACAUGUCGCGGCUAGUAUAAAAUUUGAAAUGCAAAAGGCAUAUUGACUGCAACAAUCUGCUACAACACUGUUGACAUUUGUAACGUUAUUUAUUUUUCUAAAACUAUACAGUAUUUUUUAUAUGUAAACUGUGAUACAUAAGGUUACAAUUCUAUUUAUAUAUUUUGCAUUAUUUAAAUGUUGAAAUAAAGAAAAAAGUGUUAAAAGUGAAAAUAAAUUGCUUUAUUCCCUAUUGGUAAAAAAUACCUAUAUUACACUCUUAUGGUGGAUUGGCUGUGGCUUUAAGUCAUUUGAUUUGCUAGUUACCUGGCAAAAUGCGGUGGUUUCUUCCACUGAUAUGCCUGAUUGCUUCAAUAUAAGUGAAAUAUUCCAUAAUGGUACUCGAAAAUAACUGUCUUCAGGACUUUCAAUAGAAAAUAAUAUAAAUUUCAACAGUUGAGGUUUACAAACAUUGUACGUGUACAUGGUAACAAUAAAUCUACAGGAUAUGACAUAUACGAUGUACACAAUAUCAUCUUCUCAAAAGGAUCCGUGUGGACUAGGCAAUAACCUUGGUUAUGUACAAGUACAGGUGGGAUACCUGUCGGAGCUAUUCAUUCACAGGCUAAUGAUUCUACACACAAUAGAUUGUGGUUUCAACUAACGGAAAUAAUAAUACAAUGAAAGCAUUUUUUGAACUUUCGAUUAAAAAAGAGUUAAUCUAUCAAAAGUUUGUGUCUAUUUACGUUGUUAAUUACAAACGUCAAGCAACUACAUUGCAAAUAAAGGAAGUUACGGUGAUAAAUGUUGUAACACCGUAGUUUUGAGUUGAUGAAAUACCUUAGUGCUUUUUCGAUAACAUUUUCACACCUUAUUAAGACUUAAGUCAUUUAUUACAAAUGCCAGAACAUCAGUUCUGUGAAAUUCGGGAAAAUGAA